AUGGCCAAGCUGCCGCCGAAUCAUCCUACACCUACGCUUCUCUCCGCCGACCCACCUACAUACGAAUUUUCCAAUAAUUUAAUCUUGAUACACGAGUUCAUCACGAAAGAGGAAGAGGAGGAGAUGAUACGGGAAUACCACACUGCGACAGCCUCACGAGAUGGUCGCGCACUAAAGCGAGGAGCCGUACAUUAUGGCCCGCACUUUGACUAUACCACCUUUGCUGUGUCCAAGUCAGACAGCACACCGCCGCCUGAAUACCUUACGCGAUUGUUGAGUCGCUUGCCUGCCAGAGAUGAGAGGGAUAUUCCUGAUCAGUACACUCUGCAGCACUACCCACCAGGCACGGGUAUACCUCCACACGUAGACACGCACUCAGCUUUUGAGGAAACCAUCUACAGUCUCAGCUUCGGCGCUUCGACACGCAUGGACUUCAAGUUGUGUGGAGAGAAGGAGUCGAGACGACUGCGACUUCCUAAGCGAUCGCUUGGUGGUGGGAGUGAAACACCUCCGCCGCCGCCUUCAGCUCCUGUUGAAGUGGUUGAGGAAAAGACGGAAGAGUGGGAAUUGGAGUUGCCAGCAAGGUCAUUGUUGCUCAUGAGAGGACCGUCCAGAUAUGGGUAUACGCAUGGCAUCAAAGGGAGGAAACAUGAUCAAGAUGGUCCAAGAUUGGUCGCGAGGCAAGAUCGGUAUUCGUUGACGAUGCGGAAGAUCAAGCCACCGGAAGAAAUUGGCUGCAACUGCGAGUAUCCGCAUGUAUGUAGUUGA